UGCCAAUGCACUCUUGAUAAAUUCUGAACGUUUCACUUUCAAAUUUGUUAAAAUGUAAUUAAGAAAUCAAAAGCAAAAAAUGGAGAUGUGGGUCCGGUCUACAGCGCUUACAGAACUGCCUGCUAUUCCCGUCCCACGAGCUGUUCACAGGUGUAAACCAGUUCAGGAGUAGAAGGACAAAGCAUAUUGAGUUUCUCUUUGAUGACUGUAUGUUGUUGUUUUUAUUUCAGAUUGCAUGAUGGUGUCCAAAAACACAGAACCAUUCUCCUCUGAAUGUGCUUCUACUAACCAUGCGACCGUAGAUCUGGCCAUCUCGUGCCUCUACCUCUUGUUGUUCCCCAUUGCGUUACUACUAAACGGGGUAGCCGCAUGGGUGUCUUUGCACCUCAGGUCCACCUCUACCUUCAUAGUGUAUCUCAAAAACCUGGUGGCGGCUGACCUGCUCAUGACGCUGACACUCCUGCCGAUGGCAGCUAGCAUGCUACCUGGAGCCUCACUUGAGUUAAGGGUGUUCACUUGCCGUUACUCCACUGUCCUUUUCUACUGCUGUUUGUACACAAGUAUCACUUUGAUGGGUCUUAUCAGCCUUGACCGCUUCUUCAAAAUUGUUAGACCAUACGGAAUGGUGUUGGGACAAAAAGUGGUCUUCAGUCUUGUAAUGUCCUCCUCGGUUUGGGUGGUGUUAUUUGGCGGUACAGUCAUCCCAACUUUCCUUCUAACAGACCAGGAUCCUGUUAAUGUAACAGGAGAUUUCUGUAUGUCCCUGAAAAGUCCAGCCGGUGUGACUUUUCACAAGUUUGUGGUGUUAUCUAUGGAGAGUCUGUUCUGGCACGUCAGCAUAGUGAUUGUGUUUUGCUACAUGUGCAUCACCCUGAAGGUCCUGCAGUCCUUCAGAAACUCUGGGAGCAACAACAGCGACGGAAAGAAGAAGACCAAGCUACGAGUCUUCCUGAUCCUUCUUGUGUUUUUCGUGUGUUUUGUGCCCCUCCACGUGAUGCGUGUUCCAGUCACACUAUAUGAAAUAUUUGACAUUAAUGUCUGCAAUCAACUGUGGGUCAAGAUAAUCCAUAAAUUAGUCCUGUGGAUCUCUACCACUAAUACCUGCCUGGACCCUCUUCUUUACAUCUACCUGUGCAGGGAGUACAGAGACAAACUGGUUGAUAUGAUGAAAGCUAAAGGGGCCUGUGUUGGGUUAUAUUCCGGUGAAAAUGAGGAUGUUUCACAGUAGAAAUAAGUACCUUUUAGAAGUUAGAGAUAGAUUAGAUGUCCUUAGUCACAAAUUAGGCUGUUGUUUAAUAUUAUGGCAGCAAGAGAACCUGAGUAGCCCAACUUUUGAUCUUUAAAUUCUGUGUUGUACUGCCCUUUAGUGGCCUAAUGAGGAUUAGCAUCUAUAAAACAAGGUAGAACCAUAUAUACAAAGAUACAUCAGCAAAUGAAUUAUUCUAUUCUAAAUGAAAAGGGUUUAACAAUUUGAACACACAUAUACAAUGUUAAAUCUCACUGGUAAGAGCUGUGUGUCUUUUAUGCACAUGCAGUGUGUACUGUAUACGUGUAGAUAUCUAAGUACAUUCUUUCUUUCAAGUUUUCACUAUGUUUGAAUUCCAUAUUGAGGUGUUAUUGUUGUAGAUUUGAGUGUGAUGUCUUCCUUUUAUUAAUUUUUCUGUGAAGGGUCAACACAGAUACAGCCUAAGCCAAUCGUCUCUACUAUGGGUUUUUAAGAAGGAAUUUAAAUGAUAAAAUAUUAUCGGAGGAAAGAUGAGAAUUUGUAGAUCAUUCCCAUCAUCAUUAAUACUUGUAUUGACCUUAAACAAUUAGUAGUGAAUGGAAAUGGGGACUAAGCUGAAAGUUUAUUUUUCUGCUGCACAAAAGAACAAUACCUGCAUCCUAUAAAGUUGUGGCCUAAUAUUUCACAGGCUGAAAUAAAUGGUCACAUAAAUCUUUUUCGCUUCGGUUCUUGUAAAUCCAAAUGUAAUAGAUUCCUUACAAAAGAGCUUUGCUCAGUUACAAUUUUAUUUGAAUGAAUUUCUUGUAUUCUGUUUUUCAUUGUCUCAAUAAAUGAUGUCAUUACAUUGAA